AUAAUUAUUCGGGGUUUGCUGUUUUAGAUAAAGGAAGUGUUGAAACCAUUUACAAGGCUAUGUGGGACACCAAAUUUAUGGUUGCUCUCAAAUGUCUUAAAAUAAUUCGUAGACUUUUCUUAAUAG